UGUGCAUGAUUGGCUUUGCACUGGCUGCAUUCGUCACAGACAAGAUGGGUCGAAGAUGGCCGACCGUGAUCUUCUCAACACUCAUCCUCAUCAACUGGAUCAUACUAUACUAUUCAUAUGAGAUGUACCAAUUCAUGUUAUCACGGAUAAUCGGUGGAAUAUCAGUCGGCGCAAUGAUUAGUUUAACUAUAUUCGUCACACCUGAGUAUUGUUCACCAAAUACAAGAGUAUUUUAUCAAAACCUUGUAACAACAGUUACUUCAUCUAUGGGAUCGGCUUUUAGUCACGCUCUGGGCAUAGCAUUCCAUUGGCGAUUUGUUGCAUUGAUUGGAGUAAUUCCAACAAUUUUGGGUAUUGUUUUACCAUUCUUUUGGGUGGAAAGCCCACAUUGGUUGGCAUCAAAAGGUAAAUUCGAAGAAUGUAAGACAGCGUUCCGUAAAUUACACAAUACGAAUUCUGAACGUGAAUUGGAGUUGCUAAUCAAAAUGGAGACUGCUAAAUACAAGAUGGCGUCGGAAACGAACAGCAGAGACACUUUUAAAAGGUUGUGCCGUGCGUUUAAGAUGAAAUAUUUCUGGGGUUUGCUAAUGCUUAGUGUAUUUAUACAUAUUUAUGUCGCUGCAGCUGGGAAAUUACUGUUUAGUACGUUAGCGAGUGUUAUUAUAUCAGGAAUAACGGGGACAUCUGACGUUUUGUUAUAUACGUUGCUAGUUGAUGGCUUUAUUGUUGUUGGAUCGAUUUUAUCUUGUCUCUUGAUAAAAACAACCUCAAUAAGGACUCUGUUAUUUACAACUGGGUUCACAGCGAACGCCAUUUUGGUUGUAUUCAGCGCGUGCUAUUAUUAUCAAAAUGGCGCGAGCUAUUUCAAUUGGAUCAACGUAUUUUUGCUUGCGUGUUACUUUAUCAUCAUCCACGUAGGUCCAAUUCCUUUGCUGGAAGUUAUAUUGAGCGAAUUGUAUCCUUUAGAAUUGAAAGUGUAUAUUUUUGGUAUAUUGGGCGUAAUACUAAUAUCAAUGCUGUCUUUGACGAUAGUUUUACAACCGGUUUUAGUGAGUUCUCUAGGUUACCAUGGUUUGUUUUUGCUGAAUGCUUCGAUAAUGUCUGUAUGUUUAGGUGUCAUAUGGUUGAAGCUACCAGAUACUGAUGGGAGGACUCUGCAAGAGAUCGAAGUUUACGUCAAAAAUAAUGAAUUCGAUGUGGAUGUAAUACUUAGUAGGGAGUCGAAAACUUUAAUAUAGUUGUUCUAUACAAGAGAUAUUUAAGAAAUUAAAUAUCACGU